AUCAAAAGAAGACGCCUCAAUGAACGAGUUAAAAGGUCAUGGUACGGCGAUGCCAUAAUUAUGCGGGAUGAAGACUUUAAUGUCUUAAACAAAAAAAUCAACAGUUAUAAACCGCAAGGGAAAAAUACAAUAGGAGCUCAAAAAUGUGGAAACUCGCAGUUUGAGGCUGCCCGAGAAGUUUCGAAACGAUUUAAGGGGUUAGAGGUAACCGGCAACGUAAUGACGUCCUGUGGGCAUGGCGUAAUUCAGUGCUCAAUUGACAUGCACGAAGGGGAAACCUUCCGUCAUACCUUUGCAUCUCAUGUUAAAGUGCACUCACUGAAAAACCAAAAACAGCAUAAGAAUUUAAAUAUUACUGAAACCGAAAAGAACACUGAAGAUGAAUCUGCAAACACCGUUUUUUUUUGACCAAAAUUUUUUGUCAACGACGUCGUGUGUCAAUACUGGCCAUUCGCGAUCAAGAUGGGAGAGCUAUCAGAGGCCUACUCAUAUCUUACUUCUGAUAUGGUCCCUUUCCUCUCUCGGCUACACGGCCAAGCGCAUAGCUGGCCAUGCCAAAUCCUACAUUUUGGUCAUUGGAGAGAUGGAUCAGCUGGAACUUUAGGAGAAGAACAGGAACAAGUAUUUUCUACUUUUUCAAGCUAUAGUAAUUCAACAAAAACAAUGGGAGCAGCAAACAGACGAGAUUUUUUAACCGGAGCAAUGUUUUAUUGGAACGGCAGAAAAGAAAAAGGAAUGGCUCGUACUUUCACUAGACGAAUGCUGAUUGCUAUAUAUAGAGUUCAGUUUUAUCAUGAAAGACUGAACAAAUUACUAUCAGCGAAAAAAAUGAAAUUGUCUGAAUUACCUGUAAUUCAAGCUUCGUUGGAAGAAGAGGCCCGUGUUGCACGAGAGAAAGAGAAGAUCGUCAAAUUAAAGUGGGAUUACCUAUCGGAGUUAAAAAGUGAACUGGAACGAAUUCACUUCCAACACGUAACUUUGCACGACAGAAUUUCGAGUGUGGCAGUUUCUUGCAAAUGGCGAACUAAACUUAGAAGAAAGCAAACUUUAUUAAAAGCGAAAGCUGUUACAGUAAUGAACGACAUAAACGACCUGGCUAACGUUAUGGUGACCGAGCAAAAUUUCUUGGAUGGCGUUUUUCCGUGGGAUUCUAACCAAAACGUUUCGUUCAAGGAUAACUUCAAAUUAGUUGAUUGUUGGAUGCUGUACAAACGAAACACAGAACAGAUUCUUCAAUGCAAACUAGAAAUGUCACAAUUCAUCACAACAAUCAGUGAAGAUAUUUUGUCGAUGCAACAUGAAAUAAGAAACUACAACUCGACGGAUGAAUUCUCUUUCUCUGUAAGCAACUGCCCAAUGACUGUAUUUCAACAAUCUGAAAUAGUCAUCAAAAUAUUAGCGGAGCGCCUAUCAAGGUACUCCACCAACAGCCUAAAAAUAGGACGCGACAAGCAAAGGAAAGAGAGGCACGCAGCUCGGCUUCGAGGGGAGCUCCCCCCUUGGACAAAGGAACGUCUACCCAAGCUCUACCACAACACACCGGAGGGGAAGAGAGAGGCCGCGAAGAAGAGACGGGAGGAAUACUUCAAUAGACCGAUCGUCCCAGCCGCAGUGCCUCCACCAGACAUACGCGAUCCAAGAGCGGACGAAAUCCAACGUGAAAUCAGAAGAGAUUACGUGCUGCGAGGGCUGGAGGAAGGGUGGCCAUUGAGAGAAGACCCACACGACCGCCGCAUCUUUUACGCUCCGGCCCCAAUUGAAGGCUUUAUACACAUCGCAAGAAAACUCCUGACACCGGAACAGCUGGCAGAAGCCCAAAAGCCGGUUUUUUCUGGCGAUUUUCGCUACAAGCCGAAGGAAGGAGACGCAGCCGUGACAGCAGCGCCCCCAGCAUCAACGUCGGAAAGGAGAGUCAUAUUUACGGAGCCGGCGCCAUCGACAGCGGCUCCAGCGGCCGCAGACUCCAGCUCGGAGGAAGAGGACGUCCUGCAAUUGUUGGCCGAAGACGAAGAGGUGACUGGAGUAGCAGCAGCAUUGGCCAGAUCUUCAAUCCGGGCCAGCCAAGCCGAGAUCACAGAAAAGUAUCUUCAGACACCCAAAGAUCCAACCAGGCCCGUAUUCUCAAACCCAACUGGAGUUGGCCGCGGUUCCACCAGGGGUCGUGAAAGAAGACAAUAUUGGCGUGAAUAA